UGAUCCUGUCAGGUCUAUGUUCCUGCUUGAAGGUGGUUGGAUACUCAACAUUAUAUCAACUGCAGUGGACCAGAGACAGAGCUCAGAGAGGUACCAGGUGAAGUCACACAUCAGAGCUACGACUCAACUACUUGUUAGUACAGUUGGAAUCAUACAGUAGAUAUUACCAUUACAAGUCAGUUAAAAAAGGUAAUAAAACAGUUAGUUAAGAUGGAUGACUACGUCAACAAAGAGGUUGUUGAAAUUGACAAGGUUAUUGAAGGAAACCAGAAUGGAGCAAUGAGGAGAGUGACAACUGAGACACAUCCCUCAGUGUGUAUCUCCCCAGGACCUGACGUUUCAGGGAGAAGAAUCUACAGGAUGGUUGCUGUAAGCUUUGGGAUGCUAUGUGUUCUACAAGUCACUCUCAACAUCUCCCUGCGACUAGAAUCAGACUGUCUGACUGAAGAGAGAGACCAGCAACAGAGUGAGAAAGAUGAAAAGUUCUCUAUUCCGGGCUGGAACAAGUUUGAUUCCUGUUGGUACUUCGUCUCUUCUGAGAGAAAACCCUGGAGUGAGAGCAGACAGGACUGUAUGGAGAAAGGAGCAGACCUGGUGAUCGUAAACAGCAGAGAGGAACAGAGAUUUCUCUUUGCCCUCAACAAGAGAUUCUGGAUCGGUUUGACUGACAAUGAGACUGAGGGGUCCUGGAAAUGGGUUGGUGGCACACCACUGAUAACAAGUUACUGGAUAAUCGACCAGCCUAAUAAUGGACGAAGUCUUUCAACCUUUCCGGAGGAGGACUGUGUUGAAUUACAUAAUGGACAAGACCAGCCUGAAAAGACAUGGAAUGAUUUAAAUUGUGCACAAAAACGUAUCUGGAUUUGUGAGUUGUGUAAACAAUAACCUACCGUAACAACUACCCAUCCACCAUCUCCCCGUCUAUCUCUCUCUCUCUCUCUGACUCUCCCGCUCUUAUUCUGUCUCCAUCCCUACUCAUUUAUGUUCUUUUCAUUCUGAACAUAUGAAUCAAAUUCCCAUUUACAGUACUUCCUGGGAUGCAUUAGUAGCUUCCUGUCUUCAGUAGUUAUAUGAUGGACACAUCAGACACAGACAAUGAUUGAGACACACAACACUGAAAGUAAACAGCUGCAUUAGAACAGACAGAAGGGACCAGUAUGAGAUUGUUAAGUCAGUACAGUUGACUCCUGAUAGGUGCACAUCAGAUAAGUGUGAGACCUGGGUUCAAAUACAACUUGAAAUUUUUCAAUAUCUUUGAGCGUUUGCUUUAGCCUGCCUUCAGAGCCAGGUGGGUACUGGGGCUUUUCUGUUGCAACAGAACUUUUUUGUAGCCAUAUGAUUACCAGUUCAAGAGUCUUAUGGCUUGGGGGUAAAAGCUGUUGUGAAGCCUUGUUGUCCUAGACUUGGCACUCCGGUACCGCUUGCCAUGUGGUAGAAGAGAGAACAGUCUAUGACUAGGGUGGCUGGCGUCUUUGACCAUUUUUAGGGCUUUCCUCUGACACCGCCUGAUGUAAAGGUCCUGGAUGGCAGGCAGCUUAGCCCCAUUGAUGUACUGGGCCGUACGCACUACACUCUGUUGUGCCUUGCGAUCAGAGGCCGAGCAAUUGCUGUACCAGGCAGUGAUGCAACCAGUCAGGAUGCUCUUAAUGUUGCAGCUGUAGAACCUUUUGAGGAUCUCAGAACCCAUGCCAAAUCUUUUUAGUUUCCUGAGAGGGCUUUGUCGUGCCCUCUUCACAACUGUCUUGGUGUGUUUGGACCAUUCUAGUUUGUUGUUGAUGUGGACACCGAGGAACUUGAAGCUCUCAACUUGCUCCACUACAGCACCACCGAUGACAAUGGGGGCUUGCUCGGUCCUCCUUUUCCUGUAGUCCACAGUCCAUCUCCUUAGUCUUGGCUACGUUGAGGUAUAGGUUGUUAUUCUGGCACCACACGGCCAGGUCUCUGACCUCCUCCAUAUAGGCUGUCUCGUCGUUGUCUGUGAUCAGGCCUACCACUGAUGUGUCGUCUGCAAACUUAAUGAUGGUGUUGGAGUUGUACCUGGCCGUGCAGUCAUGGGUGAACAGGGAGUACAGGAGGGGACUGAGCAUGCACCCCUGGGGAGCUCCAGUGUUGAGGAUUAGCGUGGCAGAUGUGUUUCUACCUGCCCUCACCACCUGGGGGUGGCACGUCAGGAAGUCCAGGAUCCGGUUGCAGAGGGAGGUGUUUAGUCCCAGGAUCCUUAGCUUAGUGAUGAGCUUUGAGGGUACUAUGGUGUUGAACGCUGAGCUGUUGUCAAUGAAUAGCAUUCUCACAUAAGUGUCCCUUUUGUCCAGGUGGGAAAGGGCAGUGUGGAGUGCAAUAGAGAUUGCAUCAUCUGUGGAUCUGCAAAUUGGAGUUUGUCUAGUUAUUCUGGGAUAAUGGUGUUGAUGUGAGCCAUUACCAACCUUUCAAAGUGCUUCAUGGCUACGGACGUGAGUGCUACGGGUCUGUAGGUCAUUUAGGCAGGUUGCCUUUGUGUUCUUGUGUACAGGGACUAUGGUGGUCUGCUUGAAACAUGUUGGUAUUACAGACAUAAUCAGGGACAUGUUGAACAUGUCAGUGAAGACACAUGCCAGUUGGUCAGCAUAUGUCCGGAGUACACGUCAUGGUAAUCCGUCUGGCCCCGCAGCCUUGUGUAUGUUUUCCUGUUUAAAGUUCUUACUCAUAUCGGCUACGGAGAGCGUGAUCACACAGUCAUCCGUAACAGCUGAUGCUCUCAUGCAUGCCUCAGUGUUGCUUGCCUCGAAGCAAGCAUAGAAGUGAUUUAGCUCGUCUGGUAGGCUCGUGUCACUGGGCAGCUCACAGCUGUGCUUCCCUUUGUAGUCUGUAAUAGUUUGCAAGCCCUGCCACAUAAGACGAGCAUCGGAGCCGGUGUAGUAUGAUUCAAUCUUAGCCCUGUAUUGACGCUUUGCCUGUUUGAUGGUUCGUCGCAGGGCAUAGCAGGAUUUCUUGUAAGCUUCCGGGGUAGAGUCCUGCACCUUGAAAGCAGCAGCUCUACCCUUUAAAUCAGUGCGAAUGUUGCCUGUAAUCCAUGGCUUCUGGUAGGGGUAUGUACGUACAGUCACUAUGGGGACAACGUCCUCAAUGCACUUAUUGAUAAAGCCAGUGACUGAUGUGGUGUGUUCCAGACUGUGAUAGCAAAACAGUCCUGUAGUUUAGCAUCUGCUUCAUCUGACCAUUUUUUAAUAGACCGAGUCACUGGUGCUUCCUGCUUUAAUUUUUGCUAGUAAGCAGGAAUCAGGAGGAUAGAGUUGUGGUCGGAUUGACCAAAUGGAGGGCAAGGGAGAGCUUUGUACGCGUCUCUGUGUGUCGAGUACAGGUGACCUAAAAAAAAAUUCCCCUCUAUAUUGUUGUUGCCUUGAUUUUUUGGGGUCUCGGUGUCUCUGGAUUCACAGAACACCCAAAUAUCCCUAUGUAUAUUUUGACAUGGCCUAUUGAUGAAUGAGACACACUAUUUAUUUUAUUGUGUGCUAUAAUUUGCAAUUUACCUUGGAACAUAUUAUCAUUAUAAUUGUUAUACAUUGUUGUGUCUCAAUGGGCCACUAGGCUAUAAAUAGGGUCUAUAUGUGCAAUGGUCAGGUCACUCUGAGGAAGAUGUCAACUUGAUGAAGAUGUCAAAAAAGUGUUUAGUCAGCAACCAAUUGUGCAAGUUCUCCCACUUAAAAAGAUGAGAGAGGCCUGUAAUUUGCACCAUAGGUACACUUCGACCAUGACAGACAAAAUUAGAAAAGAAAAUCCAGAAAAUCUAUUUAUUUGCAAAUUAUGGUGGAAAAUAAGUAUUUGGUCACCUACAAACAAGCAAUAUUUCUGGCUCUCACAGACGUGUAACUUCUUCUUUAAGAGGCUCCUCUGUCCUCCACUCGUUACCAGUAUUAAUGGCACCUGUUUGAACUUGUUAUCAGUAUAAAAGACACCUGUCCACAACCUUAAACAGUCACACUCCAAACUCCACUAUGGCCAAGACCAACGAGCUGUCAAAGGACAUCAUAAACAAAAUUGUAGACCUGCACCAGGAGGGGAAGACUGAAUCUGCAAUAGGUAAGCAGCUUGGUUUGAAGAAAUCAACUGUGGGAGCAAUUAUUAGGAAAUGGAAGACAUACAAGACCACUGAUAAUCUCCCUCGAUCUGGGGCUCCACGCAAGAUCUCACCCCGUAAGGUCAAAAUGAUCACAAGAACGGUGAGCAAAAAUCCCAGAACCACACGGGGGGACCUAGUGAAUGACCUGCAGAGAGCUGGGACAAAAUUAACAAAGCCUACCAUCAGCAAGGGCAUUGAAGAUGAAACGUGGCUGGGUCUUUCAGCAUGACAAUGAUCCCAAAAACACCGCCCGGGCAACGAAGGAGUGGCUUCGUAAGAAGCAUUUCAAGGUCCUGGAGUGGCCUAGCCAGUCUCCAGAUCUCAACCCCAUAGAAAAUCUUUGGAGGGAGUUGAAAGUCCGUGUUGCCCAGCAACAGCCCCAAAACAUCACUGCUCUGGAGGAGAUCUGCAUGGAGGAAUGGGCCAAAAUACCAGCAACAGUAUGUGAAAACCUUGUGAAGACUUACAGAAAACGUUUGACCUCUGUCAUUGCCAACAAAGGGUAUAUAACAAAGUAUUGAGAUAAACUUUUGUUAUUGACCAAAUACUUAUUUUCCACCAUAAUUUGCAAAUAAAUUCAUUAAAAUUCCUACAAUGUGAUUUUCUGGAUUUUUUUCUAAUUUUGUUUGUCACAGUUGAAGUGUUCCUUUGAUGAAAAUUACAGGCCUCUCUCAUCUUUUUAAGUGGGAGAACAUGCACAAUUGGUGGCUGACUAAAUACUUUUUUGCCCCACUGUAUAUUAAAGUGAGCAAUAAGAAA